CGCCCGCCAUGUGGGACCCCCGGCUGCUGAGGCUGGCCCUGCUGCAGCACCUGCGCGCCGUCUACGGCAUCAAGGUCAAGGGCGGCCGCGGCGGCCCCAGCGAGCGCAGGAAGCCGGAACCCGCGGGCAGCGUGGGUAAAAUAUUUGGAGUACCUUUUAAGGCAUUGCCCCAUUCUGUUGUACCAGAAUAUGGACAAAUUCCAAGCUUUCUUGUUGAUGCUUGCUCAUCUUUAGAAGACCAUCUUCAUACAGAAGGACUUUUUAGAAAAUCGGGGUCUAUUAUUCGACUGAAAGCACUAAAGAAUAAAUUGGAUCAUGGAGAAAAUUGCUUGUCUUCUGCACUUCCUUGUGAUACUGCAGGACUUCUCAAACAGUUUUUCAGGGAAUUGCCAGAUCCCAUUCUUCCAGCUGAUUUGCAUGAAGCACUUUUUAAAGCUCAGCAGUUAGGAAACGAAGAGAAGAACAAAGCUACGUUAUUGAUCUCCUGUCUUAUGGCUGACCACACAAUCAGUAUAUUAAGAUAUUUCUUUAACUUUCUCAGAAACGUUUCUCUUCGGUCUAACGAGAAUAAAAUGGAUAGUAGCAAUCUUGCAGUAAUAUUUGCACCAAACCUCCUUCAGACAAGUGAAGUACAUGAAAAGAUGUCGGCUCACACUGAAAAAAAACUACGAGUGCAGGCAGCAGUGGUACAGACUCUUAUUGAUUAUGCAUCAGAAAUUGGGCAUGUUCCAGACUUUAUUCUCGAAAAGAUACCAACUAUGUUGGGUAUUGAUGGUCUCUGUGCAACUCCAUCGAUAGAAGGCUUUGAAGAAGGUGAAUUUGAAACACCUGGUGACUAUAAGAGAAAGCGAAGACAAAGUGUGGGAGAUUUUGUUAGUGGAGCAUUAAAUAAAUUUAAAUCUAACAGAACACCCUCUGUUACACCUCUACACGAAAGAGUUGCCCAACAGUCUGUGUCCCCAGUGAUUCUUACGCCGAAUGUGAAACGUAAACUGCCGGUAGAUUCCUCUAAUGGAAUCUCAAGUAAGAAAAGGAAGUCCAUCAAGCAUAAUUUUAACUUUGAUUUAUUGCCAAGUAAUCUCUUCGGUAGCAGUUCUACACCAGUAUCAGUUCACUUUGAUACAAGUCCAGAAGGAUCCUCUCGGAACUCAAUGUCUCCAAUAGUUAUCAGUGGAAACAAUUUGAUUGGUGUAGAUGUGCCAAGGCGAAGUAAAAGAAUUGCUAACAAAAAAAUUUGCAGGAUAGAAUCAGGAAAAGCUGGCUGUUUCUCUCCUAAAAUCAGCCGUAAAGAAAAGGUCCGAAGAUCUCUUCGUUUGAAAUUUAGUCUAGGGAGAAGUAGCAAAGACAUUGAGUGUUCUGUGGUAAAUAGACACGAAAAUGUGGGUCGACGACUUGCAAAUCAGCAAAGUUUAAAAAACAGAAUUGAAUCUGUAAAAACGGGUCUACUUUUUAGCCCCGAUAUUGAUGAAAGAUUAACAAAGAAAGGUUCGAAAAAGAUGAGUAAAUCUGAGGAAAACCUACUGACCCCAGAGCGACUAGAUGGAACAAGUUGCCGGAUGUCUUGGACAGGACCUAGCAAUUCAAGUUUUCGAGAAAUAGUUACAAAGGAAGCUUCUCCAGUAGAGAGAAAUUUUGAGGUGCAAAUCUCUCCUCUGGAACCUGGUAUUGUGGUUAGAAAGUCAUCUGUUGUUUCAUAUGAACUCACCCCUUCUGAUGUACACAAUAAGCGUAGUGACAAUGAAAGUGGAAGUUCUCUUUGUGGAGAUGAGAGCAAUUUGACCAGAGAGACUUUGGAAAAAAUUCAGAAAGCAUUUUCUGAAUCUGGAAGUAAUCUGCAUUCAUUGAUGGGUCACAGGCAGUUACCGAUUGCUAGUGUCGGGGGCGUUCAGUUAAGUGAAGCAUCUUCAGCAUCUAGCCCAGAGAAAAACCUAUCUGAAACUAAUGAUUUGACUGUUGUAGAAUCAGAUGAACACCACCCUAGUAAUAACGAGAGCAGUUUCUCAGAGAGGCCCUUUUCACCACAUCAGACUCAAAAGUUGGCUGCAGAAUUAACUAUCAGAUGCCACUCCAAUCAGAAGACAGAGCUUGAAGAAAACAUCCACUCAAAUGUAGCCAAUGAUUCUGUCAGCAAACAAUUCUCUAGUGAUGAACCAAAAGAGAAGCAGCAGUCCCCAAAGGACAAGCUAAAUGCUGAAUUCAAGCCGGAUGAGGAUGUGAUUGGGGAGGAUUUACUCAAGUGCCUCACUUCUCAGGAGGCUGAGGACGCAGCUCCCACCACUUCUUCGGAGCUGAUUACUUGUGCGAGCACAGACUUGUCUGAAGCUAGGCCUGUGAGAAUUGCUGCACAGCCCCUGGUAGAAAUAAGUGAAAAAAUGGUCCCUGAAAGUUUACAGAUGACACAGCACGCAAGGGUUUCAGACCAUAUCCAGUGGUUUAACAAACUUUCUUUAAAUGAACCGAACAGGACAAAAAUCAAGUCACCUCUUAAAUUUCAGCGUACCCCUGUCCGUCAGUCUGUUAGAAGAAUCAACUCUUUAUUGGAAUACAACAGGCAACCUGUAAGGCGUAAAUUGUCAACUCGAGGUGAAGCGCCAUCUCCUCUGCUUAAAGCAGUGAGCUAUGAAAGUGCUCUUUCCUCCUGUCCAGAAGGGGCCUUGAAAGGUUCUUCUGUUUCAUGCAGCAAGUCAGGUCUUGAAAAGCAGAAGACUGUAGCCCAUGAACAGUCGAAUAUUGUUGCGAUUUCAAAGGCAAGCAUGGAAUUCGCUUGUCCAUCUUUCUCAAAGAUAAAGAGGCAUCCGGACUCUGUGAACAUGUCUCUUGGGUUUUCCAGAGUUCGUAAGCAGGACAUCCUAGCUGAUGGUCAAGUUAAAGUUCCGUUGGAUGAUCUAACUAAUACGAGCUUUAAUCUGGGGGUAAACAACCAGGUCAGUAGGAAGCCUUCAGAAAGAGAAAGGGUGUGGUACAAAGGUUCUCCCAAAAAUCCUAUUGGAAAAACUCAACUAUUACCAACAAGUAAACCUGUAGAUUUGUAAUUAGAUUAUUUUUUAAUCUGGUUAAUGUAAAUAAGUAAUCUGUGUUAACGAUUUGUAGGAAGAUUUAUGUGUUAGUUGGUAGUUUGGAAUGAUUAUGUAGUAGACUUAAUUUUGCUGCACAAGCAACAUGAAUUCUUAUGCUUGUACAUG